AUGAUAUACUCGAUCAGUAGGACAAGUGUGCGCAUUGGUGGAGCUCAUAUUACAAAUCUCCGAUAUGCCGAUGAUACGACCCUGCUAGCUGCAGACGAAUCUGAAAUGUCUCUUUUCUUCAGCAAAAUGGAACGUAUCAGCAACAGCCUAGGCCUCUCCAUAAAUAGAUCAAAAACGAAAUUAAUGGUGGUGGAUCGUGCAAAUGUUCUAAGAUUGAGUGGGGCGCUUGGAUUAGAGGUUUUAGACGAAUUCGUGUAUCUCGGGUCCUGCAUCAGCAACAAAGGCUCAUGUGAAACUGACGUGCGCCGACGUAUCGGAAUGGCUAAAAUUGAAUGA